CUGAACUGAACUAACUAUUCAAAAUGCACGUAAAUGCGUUGUUGCUGUUUUUGUUUGCACAAAUAAUCGCAUGUGCCUGUAGACGACGCGUUUCGCCAGGCGGGAUGGAUCAAUGCGUGAAGAGGGUGGAGACGACGGUGUUUUCCCGGAUGAACGAUGUGAAAGAAGCGCAGCACAGCAGGGAAAAAGACGACCAGGACAUGUGCUACAUACCUUUUGACGAGGAAGUGUACAAGUUCAAGGAGUCGUGCCUCGACCCAGAGUUCGUGAAGGUGGCCAAGACUGUCGUGUCGCCAGAGUCGCUGCCGUCUUCCUGGGUCAUUUCGAAAGAGAAAGAGGUCUACCGGAUCCCGCUGUUCACGCCAGAGUUUGCCGACAAGCUCCUGUACGAGUUGGAUCACUUCGAAGGCUCCGAGAUGCCCAAGAUCAGGCCCAACGUCAUCAACAAUUACGCGACAGUCCUGAGCGAGGUGGGAUUCGACGAGCAGUUCGUGACUCCGUUGCGCGACCAGUACCUGUUUCCGCUGUGCCGAGCACUGUUCCCCCACUGGACGGGCGCCCGCUUCGACUCGCACAACGCCUUCGCCGUGCGUAGCGAGCCGGGCAACGACAGCGGUCUCGAGUUCCACUACGACAACGCCGAGGUCACACUGAACGUGUGCCUGGGCCGACGCGGCUUCAGCGGUGGCGAGCUGUACUUCAGCGACAUGCGCGAGGAGCCGCUGGACCAGUGCUCGAGCACUAUGCUGCAGAAGCAGACGCCCUGCCACGCGUUCCUGCACCGCGGUCAGCAGCUGAGAGGCACCCUGUCCACGCUGAGCGGUGAGAACGUCAACCUGGUCGUGUGGCUGCGCUCGUCGGAGAUGCGCAACAGACGCUGUCCCCUCUGCGACCACGUGCCCACCCUGGUGGCUGCCGGCGAAGGAUACGGAGAUGGAUUCACCGCCCGUUCCGCGUCGCAGGAGUCGGCUGUGCUGAAGUUCCCAAAGUUUCCCUUGCAUCGGCUGACGUCUUCAAGCGAGCAGAUGCAACCUAUCGACGCUCAAGCCCAGUAAUUAAAGAACAUGCCUGCUCAGUA